UCCCGGAUCGCGUUCAAAGCAAAGCCUUCUGAUGCAGUAUUAAUAAGCCACAUUGCGUUUCCCUUCGUCGUUCGCUGUAUCGCAGGCUUCGCAGCAGCUAUUGCCGCAGAACUUGAACCCAAAUCUAUGGCUCUCCUGCAACAAACGCUCUUUCAGUUUUUCUCAGUAGCACGCAACACGCAGCACAUUGCAGAGCUACAUACAUUAUUGCGGUCACAUAGCUAGUCCCCAUGUUACAGGUCAUACCAGGUCAUCAGUAGCUACCGGUAGAAGUUCCUAAUACAUGCAUGUAGAAUAGUACCUGAGUACAGUGUAGUCAGUUCUACUGCACUAGUUAGCUAGAGUCGAGUCAGCUCUGGUGCUUUCCGUUACCAGGUCAGGACCUGUUACAGUAGUCAAUAUACUAGCUAGCUAGUAGUAGCGGAACUCCACAUUUCCCGUUGCCCGUCGCUGGCCAAUAGUCAUCAUUUUGUAAUAAAUGAAUAUGAUGUUGUCCGAACCCCUCUUUACUGGAUGUCGGUCCUCCUAUGUCCUACGGUACUGGUUCAUGUUCACAUUACUAGCUACAAGUAGCAGGAAGCAAGCAAAAGUAAUGUUCCGAGUGUCCGAUGCAAGAUUUCCUUCCUGCUUGUUCACGGCAUCGAUUUAUGAUACCGAAUGAUACCGUAUGCAUACACUUCUUGAAGCCUGUGCUAUUCUUGUACCGGUACUGAAUCGAAUCGCGAUCAAAACAAGCUUGGUGUUCGUGGAGUGACUGACUCUGACUCGACUCAAUUCAUCGAGUCAUCAGCCAUUUCCCUUUGUUAGUUCAUGCCAGACGUAUAUCACUGGAGCCGAAGAUCGAACCGCUGGCAUCGCCCGGUACAGCGCAAGAGUACAAAUCGAAAUUGAGUUGAAUGAUUGAGUACCAUGCCUCGAAAUACCCUCAACCUCGUUCUAGGGCAUUGCUCUCAUUGGACGCUGAACGAGGCGAUCCGGGAAGUUGUGCAAAAUGCGGUGGAUGGCGCCGUGGAGUGGAUGCACAGUGGUGCAGGUGGCUGUGAUGGCAAAGGCAAGUCGGAUCUUCGACCUGCUGGCCGUGGCUGGUACAUCACUAGCUCUAAGCCUCCGAAAAAGUUUUCUGAUGCUGGUUUUAUUCAUGGAGGGAAAGCAGAAAUGAUCUUGACGGUUUUCGGUGAAAAGGAGAAAUCUGCCGGUACCAAAUGGGUCAAACCAAAAACGAUGAGGCAAUGGCACAAAGACCAACAACAAUCCUUGGCAUACAUCAGGCUGGAAGUUGCGAGUAAGCAAGUGAUUGAUUGGACAGCAUUCAAGGAAGAGGGGAGGCAGCCACCUGGGACUGUUCUGGUACGAUGCGAAACAAUCAACAGGUUGGUCCCAUCGUUUCGGAUGGUCUACUUGGUACGAAUCGGCAAAACUUUCAAGAAGAGUGUCAGUGACCAAGCAGGGCAAUUUGGUGAGGGCUUCAAAGUAGGAGCGUUGGUCGCUGUUCGGAAUGAUUUUACGCUUGUUGUUGAGGCCGGACAAUCUACUAGGAAAGUGGCCGGACAAUCUACUAGGAAAGGGCCCCCCAAGACAUGUAGGAGGGAGUUCUUGAUUAACAAGGGUGUUCUGUGCUAUUCGAAACAGGAAUCUCGUCUGAGCAAGGAAGCAAAGGAGAAUCCAAACCUCAUCUUUGUCAAGUUGCACCUCAAGCAACCACCACAAAAUGAUGUUCCCAACAACUAUCACCAUUUCAAUCCAUCGUUCUUUAGGCUGCUCUCGCCUGGUGUGCCGCAUUGCAGCGAAGGGGCGGUAAUGAAAAGACCACUCGACAAAGGAAGCAUCUACUGCAUGGGGAUAUUUGUCGCUAAGCGGAAGAAUCUUCUCCUGGGGUAUGACGUCCCCGACAAGAAAUUUAUCACAGGACGGGAUCGAAAUGCAUCCAGCAUUCACACAGAGGCUCUACAAGAUUGCAUCAGACCCAUGAUAGAACGAGCCUGUGAGGAGGACGGGGAUUUCAUGGCUGAUCUUGUGAGCAAGGUACUGGAAAUAGAGGACGAAAGCACCCUCCGCCUGGUUGAUGAAGUGAAUGCGCUCUUGCAAAGCGAAGAACUUUGCGAGAAGUUUGCAAAUUGCUUUAGAAAAGAGAAGGAUGCCGAUGCAUUCCCCUGUCGGCGGUCUGAGGAGAAGUCCUUCAACAGAACAUUUCGAAACCGACCUGCGAUCAUCCUACAGAAUUCCGUUGUUGAUAUUCUACGAAAAGGUGGCUACCGAGAUAUCGAAGCGGAAAUAUCUUUCCUCUUCUCGGAGAAGAACAGAAUUGGCAUUGGGUCGGACGAUGAGAAACUAAUAGAGAGCUCCCUAUUUCGCCUCAAGAACGCCAAUGACGAAUUCCAAAUCCAGCGGGAGAGCAUAGUGUGCAUCGAUGGUCGUUUCAUCAACAGCCAGGGAGAAGGUCUUAGCUGCAGGUCGAAGGGAGAAAAGUUCUACGUCAACAACUCGAUGCUCUCGUUGUCAGACGAAGACGAUCAUCCCUUUCUUCGAGCAUCGAACAAGCUCGGCUUCACGAUUGCCUUGCAGGUUGGUGAGAUCAAAGAUUUUGCUUUCAAGUACAGCGAGAUAAGCAACUCUGACAGACCUUGGUUUACUUUUGACCUGGAGGACCACGGUGGUCAACGGCGGAUUUGUGUUUGCAACAAUAUGCUGGAGGAGACCCAUAAAGUCCGUGCAACAACUGCCGGUGAGGAUGAACCAAUCGUUUUCCACCUAACUGGGCUGUAUACACCUCUCCCUGCAUUGCUUCGACCAGGUGUUGAAUACUCCAUCGAACCUGUGGACAGCGACUCCAACUUGGUGAUGGAUCCACUGACCCGAAAGUACUGCACUCUAUCCCUGACAAUACCGAAACCGGAAGCACGUAGCUCCGAUGCAUCAGAUCAAGGAGUCAAUGACGACUUGACUGUACUGCGAGGCAACAAUGGUGUGGGAGAGGAUGGUUCCGUCGACCGCGUUGUUGCGGGCAACGACUUGUCUACAUUCCCAUCGGACUUAUCAGGAGGGAACGCAGACGAUUCCUCUGACACAGGCUCUUCCUCCUCUGCCGAAGAGGGAGAAGAUUCCGACAUCGAAGACGAUGUUACUAUCGACGAGAUUAUGUCUGUGUUCGGCAACGAGGAUGACUCUGACUACAGCGAUUCUGAAUCCGAAUCAGACGAUCAAGACGACAAUCGAGAACCGAAGCGGGCACGGAGGAUCAAACCGUGUGACGAAACGAGUGCGAUUUUUGGUUCGACCGAAAUAUCUGUAGGCGGAGUGUACAACAGAGGCGCGGACAUUGUUAGGGUCGAGCAGUUCGUUGGAAAUCGAUUGCCCGUUCGCAGGGCCCGAUGUCAGAUUGUCUGCACAGUGUCAGUUGCACUGAGAAACAGCUUCAAUAGAAUUCAACUGGAUUCCCUCAACCAACGCCUCGCAGCUGAGACUGUGUAUGAAGAAGCCGAAAAAGGCGUGAAGUUUAUGAAGACUCUCUAUGAAUACGAUGGCGAAGAAGAUUUUGAGGAGUUGCGUUCCCAAGCAACUUUUCAACUUACAAGGUCAACCGAUCAAAAGAAAAGCAAUUUUCUGGUUGAAUUUAAGCGUUUGAAGCUUGAUCCAACUGAGCCGUUUGUCCCCCGAGGCCGAGGUGGCAAUCCACGAGAGCUAGUUCUAUUUGCUGGAGUCGGAGGUAGCUCCACUGGAGACAAGAACGCGGGAAUGGACGUUUCAUGGCUAGUCGAAAAAGAUCCACUUGCUGCUGCCUCCCUCCGAGAGAGCCACCCACAAGCGAUGAUAUUCCAAGAAGAUGUCCGCAGUUUCCUUGGCAAGUGCAAAGCCAAAACACCAGGCUAUCCAAAAGAGGAAGACGUGGAACACCUCCAAGGUUCUCCUCCCUGCACAGGAUACUCCUCGGCGAAUCGAGGCGGCCGUAAUGACCACACAAACAAUUUGCUCUCUUAUGAGAUUGUUCGGGCAGUCGAAAUACUGUCACCUCGGACAGGUGUGAUGGAAAAUGUGGCGGGAAUUCUACGACCCAAGCACCUGAAACACAGCACCAAAAUCUUGAUAGAGUUGCUUCAUCUUGGUUAUCAAGUGCGAAUCGCCAUUCACAAUGCAACAUAUUUCGGAGACCCUCAGAACCGCAAUCGCGUCAUUUUCACGUUUGUUCGCCAAGAUACGCCCCUUCCCAGUUUGCCUGAACCCAUCUCUACCCCCAAGGUGCUGGGCGAUGCCCUGCAGGGUCUUCCGGAGGAUUGCGACAUGAUGGAGGGGUCGGGUCUCCAUAGAUUUGACAGCGGUGGACUCGCAUUCAAUCAUGUGGCGUCAAAACCAACUCUAGAAAACACAAUCUUGGAUAUGGAUGAGCCCGUCAACACUAUCACUACCAAGAGUUCGAGUGGCCUUGUCCACCCAACGCAACUGCAUCGCACUCUUUCUAUUCGAGAAUUGGCAAGGCUCUUCUCCUAUCCAGAUAGCAAGCAGUUCUUUGGGUCGUUGACUGCCAUGCGCAAACAGAUUGGUAAUUCAGUUCCAGUGAAGCUCGCGGAAGCUGUGACGCGUCCCAUUGUUGCGAUGUAUCAUGAGCUAUCUCAGGAAAGACGUGUCGAUAGCAACACCACUAGUGAAGAUGACAUGUCUUUACCAGGUGCUGAUGAAUAGCUCUGAGACUGUAUCCGAAGGAGACAUAAAGAGAGGAGGGCAUUCCCGCAAAGGUUUGCAGUCUUCCCGAUAGCUUUCUUUUUCUACAGUGAGUGGCUUUGCCAAUCGAUAGAUCGCCGUCCGUAUUGAGCUGAGCCGUGACAAGCGUUCCUGCGUUUUCAAUCUAGCUUGCUUCCCUUCAAGAUGUUGACAUUCAAACCACAGUACUCUCUUCCUCGUGAAACUUUCAUGCUCUGAACAUGGUUCCUAUCGUC